GAGGCGUGUUGUUGAAGAUCUCCGGGAAUUUCUAGACCCCAGGACCAAGAGCUGGUACGAGUCCCACGGGAUCCCGUAUCGACGAGGCUAUCUCAUUUAUGGUCCGCCGGGUACUGGCAAGUCAAGCCUGUCACUAGCACUUGCCAGCUUUUCGUAUUUGGAUAUAUACGCGCUCAGCCUGAGUGCAGUUGGCCUGGAUGAGACCGCCUUGGCUACUGUGUUCCGAGACCUACCAAAACAUUGCAUUGUUCUCCUGGAAGACAUCGACGAAGCCGGCAUCAAGAAGCGCAGCAGCGAUAGCCCCCCGAGCGGAAAGCCAGAUCACAAUGGACUCGACCGUAUCCAGUGGUCACCUGGGAGUGUCACCCUUUCUGCCAUCUUGAACGCUACUGACGGCGUAGCAGCGCAAGAGAACCGCGUUUUGAUCAUGACCACCAACCACCCCGAGCGGCUGGAUCCCGCUCUCACACGCCCAGGGCGUGCGGACAUGAAAAUCAACAUGGGCCCAGUCGAAUGGCAAGAAGCUCGGCAGAUAUUUCUCAUGCUUUUGCAGUACAAGCAUGAUCCUUCUGCCGCAGUGCGCAACGUGAAGCGGUUAUUAUUCGGCUUUGAGUGCGACACGGACCUAUCGGCUUUUCGCAUCACAGAAUCGCCUCAUCAACUUAGACUCCACGACACCGCCUACUGCAUCAGAGUACCCACUGGGAGUUUCGAAGAACAGGACAAAACACCACGAGAUGCCCUAGAGCGAGAGGUUCGGAAAGAGACUGGCCUGCAACUGUCCCGAGUCAUUCACGCUCUCCCGAUCCAGACCUGGACGCGAUCUAAGGAUGGCGAACAGCACGAAUGGGUUGGCCUUCCAUACAUCAUUGAGGUCUCCGAGCUCGAACAUUCCAUAUCCCACGAAAAUAGGCAAGGGGUGUCAGGGCGGGCACAAAAAUGGAAGGACGUAAUACAACUGAAUCCUAAGGAGCACCAAGAUUUUGCAUGGGCAACAGAGGAUGAGGUGCGACGCGACAAAUAUGAAAUGUUUGGAAACCACAAGGAGACUAUCCUUGAGGCUUUUGCAACAGUGACACAGAACUGCUCAGUCUAAGUCCAGUGUCAGCGAAUGGGUUGCAGGUAUGAUAUGGUGCUGGAAGAUGAGGCUGGGUGGUUUGAAUGAUGGAAGCCACGGGGAAAAGGUGUAAACUCGGCAAGCCUAGGAUCAAUUGCAGAUUUCGGGAUAGGCUUCACGAAUGUAUUAAAAGAGGGGCUCAGCCGAGAAAGAAGAAACGAAAGCCAAUACAAGCUGUCUGGGUCAAUGAACUUCCAUAUUUAGUCUCUCCACAUGACAUCGACCUGGCCAUGAUCUACUUCCUGCACGCGGCUGGC